CCUGCUGGCCCUCGGGUCCCAAGAACUAUCCCGGACGCUGCUGGAGGCGGGGCGGAGGGUUUUGGCCAAAUUUGGCAAGGGCACAAAAUAACCACUUACCCCUUCUCACCGAGGAAGCGCGGGAGAAAGGAUAUGGCACAGUCACAAACCUGGGUGCGAAGGUAUUUCAAAGCCUUUUGUAAAGGCUUCUUUGUGGCGGUGCCUGUGGCAGUGACUUUCCUGGAUCGGGUCGCCUGUGUGGCAAGAGUGGAAGGAGCGUCAAUGCAGCCUUCUUUGAAUCCUGGGGGGAGCCAGUCAUCUGAUGUAGUGCUUUUGAACCACUGGAAAGUUAGGAAUUUUGAAGUACAACGUGGUGACAUUGUGUCAUUGGUGUCCCCUAAAAACCCAGAACAGAAGAUCAUUAAGAGAGUGAUUGCUCUUGAAGGAGACAUUGUAAAAACCACAGGACACAAAAACCGGUAUGUCAGAGUCCCACGUGGUCACAUCUGGGUUGAAGGUGAUCAUCAUGGACACAGUUUUGACAGUAAUUCUUUUGGGCCGGUUUCCCUGGGACUUCUGCAUGCCCUCGCUACACAUAUCCUAUGGCCUCCAGAGCGCUGGCAGAAGUUGGAAUCUGUUCUUCCUCCAGAGCGCUUACCAGUUCAAAGGGAAGAGGAGUGACACUCUGAGCUGCUAGCAGUGGGAAGCCAACACCACCAAGGGGAUAGAGAAGAGGAAAUUCAAAUGGGAAAAGCUUUCAAUAAGAUGAUGCUGUGCAAGAAACAUUUACAUCACAUUAAGAUGAUCUGUAUUAUUAAAGAAAGUUCUUUAAUAUUGAAAAGUAUUAAAUGGCAUAGGAUUUUAGUAUCUUGUUUAAUGCCAAAUAAAUAUGUAGACCUUUGUGAUUUGAAAAUAUCACAGAUAUGUCUUAAAGGAGGCAAAUUUGAUGUUAAUUAUUAUGCACGCUUAUUCUGUUGAUCGUUGGGUUUUGAUUUUGGUGCUAGUUUCUAAAAGAAUUUGAAAAUUGAUAGUUUCCUUAAAGUGAUCAGUUGGGUAAUGUGUCAUUUACUGCUAAGAUGGAACAUGGAGAAACACACAUUAUACACAUAGUGAUAGGAAUUGCAUUAUAAUUGAUGGUAUCUAAAAUUCAGUGACUGCCAGUUAAGAAGAACAGUAAACUGUAAUAUAAAA